AUGCCUCCUUUUGUAUUUGACUCGUUUCAACCAAGAGUGGACAAGACAAACAAGGAUCAUCCCGAUUAUCGUCAUCCACUUUAUGUAGGCACAUGGAAAAGAUCGAUCCCAGGAAGAGAUGAUGACUUUGCUCGGGAUGACAUGGAUGAGCCUCAUCUGAAGCGAAAGCAUGCUCUCCUUUUAAAGAACCCAGCUAUUGUUAAAUUAUACGGUACCGAAUUCAGUACUUUCUAUAUUGCCACAUUGAUCAACCUGGUUCAAUUGGGUCUUGCUUACUAUCUGGGUCGAACGGCUGUACAUUGGUCCAUCUAUGCGCUCACUGCUUAUUUCAUUGGCGGUACUGCCACAGGGAUGGUAGGUGUCAUUAUUCAUGAAGCCUGUCAUAACUUGGUGACAGGUUCCAGUGUGGUAGAUCGCAUGAUUGGACUUUACACCAAUAUUGUCUUACCUGUACCUAUUUCACAAUCAUUUCGUCGAUACCAUAUAGAACAUCAUACAUGGCAAGGCGUAGAAGGUAUGGAUCCUGAUUUACCGCUUGAAUGGGAAAAGAAUUUGAUUCGUGGUAAUGCCGUAAAGAAAAUUCUUUGGAUCUUGAUUUAUCCCAUCAUGUAUGUGGUACGUGGACUUGUUAUGCAGCAACAGCGAGGACAUACACCGGGAAAAUGGGAAAUUAUCAAUGUUGUAUUUACCAUUGUCAUGGAUACUGUAAUUGCCAAAGUGUGUGGAAUCAAAGGUCUGCUUUAUCUGCUAUUAUCGCUUUGGUUUGGCUAUUCGUUACAUCCAGGAGCUGCUCAUUUUAUUCAAGAACACUAUACAUUUGAUGAUGGACAAGAAACAUAUUCUUAUUAUGGUGUAUUGAACAUACCGUUCAUGAAUAUUGGUUACCAUAAUGAGCAUCAUGACUUUCAAAAGAUUCCAUGGACCAAACUUCCUAUACUUCGUGCCAUUGCAAGCGAAUCUUAUGACACAUUAUCCUAUCACACAUCAUGGUUAUUAGUGCAUUGGAAAUUCAUUACGCAACCUUCCAUGGGACCUCAAUCUCGUGUUGUGCGUGAUUAUACUACCUUUAAACAAGGUCGAUCUUUAAUGAGAAAAAUUCGUGAAUAUAACAAUAAAUAA